UCUGAGCAGAGGCUGACAGCAGCACCCUUUCCUACCUUCUCACUCUCUGAAUACAGUACUAAAUCUCUGUAUACUCCAAAUAUUUUAAAUUAUCAUCAGAAUCGCCGGGAAUUUACGUGUCUUACUUCUAUUGAAGACUAAAUGAGGACAGGAAAAUGUGGCUGUUUUACCUUCUGUUUUGGACCGCAGUGAGAGCCAACAAACCACUCUACGGGAAAUUAGGUGGUGAAGCUGUUCUCACAUCAGACCAUGUGGGGAGUACCAUCACAAACAUAACGUGGAAACAUGCAUCUGAUAUGGCCAUGGAGUGGCAUGGUACUGGAAAACCUUUAUCCCACGGAAAAUUCAAAGUUCGUAGUGUGCUGGACACUCGAACUGGAGAGAUGAUAAUCGCAGGACUGACUCGCGACGACAGUGGCAUCUACACAGCAGAGAUCAACGGCAUUACCAGCAAGACUAAACUCCUGGUUAUCUCUCCUGUCCCACAACCCACCAUCUCUGUAUCAUGUAAGGCUGACAAGACGACCUGUGUCUUCACCUGUAAUGCCACAGUCACAGGUGCUGAACCAGUCGUUUACUGGUGGAGGGCAGAUUACAGGAGGUGGACUUCAACCUCCCAGCAAAAAAUAACAAAGGAGGAUAAGGAGGAGUGGUUCAGCUGUAUAGUUGAAAACCCAGUCAGUUCCCACAGCAGUGAAAAACUCUUCAACCCCUUCAUAGAAAGUAGUCGGACAUGGAUCUACAUCUUAGUAGGAGUGAUUCUGGUUGUGUGCGUCAUCUUCGGAUACCUAGCAUACAGAUACAAAACUCAACAAUAGAGAUAGGAAGACUGAUAUACUACUCUCAUAUUAAUAAGCGAUGACCCAAACCAACCAGAUGAUCGAAACAUCAGACGUGUGAUGAUCAUAUAUAGAAGUUAGAGGAGGGAUUGAACUGAUGUGCCGUUGAAUAACUACCCUGCUUUAUCUGCCUUGCUUUCAAACGUGUGGCAAACUGCGACACUCUCCCUAAAAUGACCGUAUACCAUACUACCAGGAUAAUUGAAAUGUUAUAUUUCUGAAUGUUUAAUCUUAAUAGUUAAUUAACUGUAUUUUAAAUUGAGGCUAGAUAGUUUGAGAAAGUUGAAUCAAUAAGGUCUGGAUGUGUAAGCUUCACGAGAAGUGUCUCUAUACUUUUAUAUUAUAUUCAUAGGAUGUCUUUAGUUGUGUAUUCCUUUUUAAAUAUUGCUAAUUGUAUUGUUUUUUUAAAUGCUUUUAUUUCAUUUAAAAACUCAAACUUAAUUUCCUAGUGUGAGAAAAAUCAUUCAUCAUCUCAAAUUGAAGUGAAGCUCACCUUUAAAUUAUCCAGAACAAAAUAAUUUAAUGUUCAUCAACAGUUCGGCUCGAACAAGUAAAAAAAUAAAACACAUCCAAACUCUUUUAAUCCAAAAUUAGAAAUAGGAAAGCUUGAUUGAUUCAGAUUACUCAUGAACCAGGACAAUUCUUAUAAAGACAUCUUUGUUUUAAAGUUUGUUUUUGUUUUAUUUGCAGUAUUAAGUCUCAUGCUUCCACUUGUAGUAUUUUAUUUUUGAAGCUUACGUCACUAAUUAGUAAUUUUAUUAUUAAUUAUUACUAAUUAGUCAGAUGAAACUCAGCCGUCUUGCUGUUGACGCUCGUUUUGCAAUACGUUUUAUUUACCUUGAGUUACACAGUUUUUAACCACUAUGAGCUAUUUUCUACAUUUUAUUAUCAUAUUAUCCAUCUUGUGUUUUAUCAUGUAUCCUCGAGAUGUUUAACAGGUUGUUUUGUGAUUUAUUUGAGCACAGUAAACAGAGGUUACUGUUAUGAGAAGGUGAUGCUCAGAUGAAGCUUUAUACAGUGUAAAUUAUAUAUGAAAUCUUUAUCAUAUCAAUAAAGAUGUUGAAACUUGAUUAUAUGUGUAGUAUGUGUUCCUUCAUUCAAUGUGAGAGAAAAAGGAAUUCAAAG